AUGGAUCAGCACGAGCUGCGAGUCCGGACGGAUGCGGCAACAUCAUCAUUAAAGCAACUUGAUGGGGAAAACUAGAGGAAUCCCUUUAAAAUGACACGUACAGACCCACCUGACAUACUGGUAUCAACUGUGCAUCAAGAUAUAAAAGUGAUCCCGAUUUCCUCACACUACAAGUCUUUGCAACCCUCCGGACCAUGUAAUUCUACAAAUUACAGCACACUGGAGGACAGUAAGAGAAAAGUCAAUAAGAGGCACUGCCGCACCUUUGACUACAAGUCAUUGGAAUACCCCAAAUCACACAAAUACUCCAUGGAUUCUCCAUACAGGAUGAGUGACAGGCAGGCAGCUCACCCAGAUGUGGCCUGGAACGCUCUGGGCCGCCAGCAGAGGUACCGCUUUUCUGCUCCAGACAUUUUCAGCCACAGGUUAACUCCUCAACCGAUGGCUGCAGACAUGGCCAGUGACGUAGUGGUUCCUCAGCAAAAAAGGACAAGGUCGAAAAGUGCUCCUCGAGUCCAGACGGGGCUCACCCCUGUGUCUUUUGAAGUGUCUUCAUCUUCAGGGAGGAAGGGCAGAGAGUCGCAGAGGUCUCACAGAGACUCUCGCUGGAGGCCAGAAGUGUCGCCACGUCGGGAGUCGUCCUAUGCAGCAACGAGGGCUCACAUGCAUGAAGUGCAUCCCAUCAAGCUACAGCCUCAAAUAGGUGACAGCAGCAGAUACUCCCCUCACUAUCCUGCUGAUAAUCUGGAAGGUGCGGGUCCAGAUAAACCGGCGACCAGCCCUCAUGUCCGGUGCCGGGUGGACAUUAAACCUGAUGAUGCAGCACAGCAUCAUUCAGGACGGAAACAGGCCACGCCUCAAAUGGACAUACCCUGGCAGAGGCACCACAGUGGAGGGAGUAGGAGUCUGACUGUGCCUCGCCAUUUUUCCUACUCGAGAACGCCAACUCCCACUGACUCAUUAGGUACAGAAAGUAGACAAGCAUAUCAAUAUUCCCGCAGCAUGCCAAAUAGCUACUUACAGCCCAUGGAAAUCCCCCUGCAGAGAAUGACUUCUUCAGGUGAUUACUAUGGUAGAGAGCGCCGAGCCCACUCAAGUCCUAAUGUGCCAACCAAGUUCUUUUAUGCUGACGAGCCAGGAAGAUAUGUCACUACUGUUCCUCCACAACCAAGCUCUUACUUUCACGAUGAACGUUACACACCAGGACAAGCGUUUACUCCAAAAGUGCAGUAUGUGCAAGAUCCAAGAACUCGAAUGGUUCAUGCUGUUCCUACGAGACCUUAUUAUCCAGAGAUGGAGCCCUAUUCUUACCCUGUGCAGACAGGGUAUCCAAAGUCCUAUGCAGCAAAUGAACCAGGGCCCUACAUCAUCCAGACACCUCCUACGAGGAUACAUUAUGGGGACGACCCGAGGUCUUAUCAGAUUCAGACAGCUCCCCCAAGGUUCUAUUAUUCCACUGAUAUGUAUGCAGUGCCACCCGAGCAUCAUGUGCCAGCAAGGGCCUACUACACAGAGGGCCGGCGACAUGCUCGAGUGAUUCAGGCACAAACAGAUGACUGGUAUGGGUCAGAGGCAUCCGGUUAUUCCACCAAUCCUGCUUCCUAUGUAUCUCAAGUCACUCCGACAAGAGUUCAACAAGAACCUGUGCUACCUCCAUGGUACGCCAACCCAUGUGUGGAACCUCAAAAAAUUGGUACAGAGUCUAAAUCUUACUCAAGGUCUUGGGACAAUAUUCUUAACUCACGUGUGGAGAGGGAACAGCCACUUUCUGUACGAGGUCAGAGCUACGAUGAUCUUCUUGAUUCCAGGAAACCUGCCUCCGUUGCAGGGGACAAACCCCAACCGGUGGUCGUGAAUCUUUCUAGCUCUCCAAGACGCUAUGCAGCCUUAUCGAUGUCUGAUAACUCACUGAUUGACAAAAGCCCAACAGAGACAUCAAAGAGCACUACUAGCAAACUGUGGUUUGUCACUCCGGAGAUUACAAUCACUGAUAAUGACAUUCGACCAGGAAACCUUAAGAAGGAUGAAGGACGGUCUGCCAGCUGGGACAUUCUGGACUCCAGAAGCACUGAGGGUGUGGACAUAAAUGAGCCUGACUUUGAAAGCGCAACCAAAGAGAAGACACAUGACAACGCCUCACUUCAGCAAAGCCUUGAACAACUUGAUGAGCUUCUAGCAGAUCUUGUUACUGACUACAAGCCACCCAGCAGAAGGGCAAGUGAAGACAUACUGGACCAACUGAAAAAGUUGAUUGAUGAGGAAGAGGCAGUUUCUCUGUCCAGGAAGAGCUCAAAGGUGGGUGCCGAGGAACCGGCUCCUCUGGACAAGCAGCCGACCCCGUUUAGGAUUAACCCCGAAGCUUUUCGAGAUAUGGACGGGGCGAGUGACGCAAUGAAGAGUGCAGAUGAGUGCUCCCCGGAUCAGAGCCCAGACGAAGACGACACCAUGAUGUGCUCCAACAACAAAUGCCGGAGGACAGAGACUCUGUUCAACGCUUGCCUGUAUUUUAAGUCUUGCCACAGCUGUUAUACAUAUUACUGCUCUCGGAACUGCCGUAGGGAGGACUGGGACAUUCAUAAAGAAAGCUGCCUGUACGGGAGGAUUGGCAGCACAUGCCGACACAUUAUCAAACACUGCCGGGAGACUGCGGAAGUCCACAAGGCCUUUUCCCGAAUUGCCAAAGUUGGCUACCUUUCUCGAGGUAGAGGAGUACUCUUCCUUGGUUUUCCUAAUCCUGCGUCAUCCAGUAACUUCCUCCAGUAUGGCCUGGACAGUUUACUCAUGUCCCCGACGUACCUGUCCCUCCGAGAACUUGAGAGCUUCCGGGACAACUUAGGGGAGUACUGCAAGGAGCUGCAGGAAGCCGGCAAAGAGUACGACCCAAACGAAUGUUUCAUCCUGAAUGUAUCCAUUGCUGUCGGCGAGCAGUUGCCUGAUGGUCCGUCGCCAAGGAACCAAACUCCAACCGUCAGAAAAUACGCCAAGGUAGCAUUGGCUUCCUUCAGCCCGGAGAGGAAGGUGCACAAGAAAGAGAGUGAAAUGGAGACGCUGAUUCUCACUCCGCCACCGGGAACGGCUGACAUCGACAAAGAGGGCGAGGAGGGCCAGAAGGCCAGAGAGAUCUGUUUCAUCAACAUACAGCGGGAGCUGAGGAUUCGAGGGGUGUUUUUACGCCACGAAUACCCGCAGGUCUAUCAGCAGCUCUGCGCUUUUGUGGAGAGUAACAGAAGGUUUACACCCACCACUAUUUAUCCCAUCGAUAAGAGGACCGGUAAACAGUUCAUGUGCAUGAUAAUGGCCGCCUCGGAGCCCAGGACGUUGGACUGGGUCGGCACCCCACAUCUCCUCGAUGAUAUUAUUUAAGUGCACCUUUUGUUGUAAAUAUAUAUGUAUAAAAAUACAUAUAUAUUGCUACACAUAUUUAUAUAUCAAUCCAAUUACAAACAUUUGUAGAUAUGUAUUUUGUUAUCAAAAUGAUAUAUAUUCAAGUCUGCUUGGUCAGUAUUAUUCUUUAUCAGAAUAUUUCCUGUCAGGUGCGGAAUG